AUGGCCAAUUUAGAUCUAUUUCGUAAAGACCUGCAAGCUUGGCUAAAAGCGAAUGUGCCGCAGUCUCUUUAUGGCACACGCAAAGGCCGCUUUGACGGCUUUUGGGGCGGCCGCUUGCACCCAGAGCCUGAAGCGGACGUCAAACGCUGGUUUGAGGUGAGUCUCGAAAAAGGCUUUACAGCACCAACUUGGCCAACCAUGUAUGGUGGAGGCGGUUUAACACACGAUGAAGCAGAGAUUCUUGAACAAGAAUUAGAGCGUCUUAAAGUACCACCACCGCUUGUGGGCUUUGGCCUGGUGAUGAUUGGACCAACCCUACUUGAUUACGGUACAGAAACCCAAAAAAAAGAACAUUUACCAAAAAUUGUUUCUGGCGAAACCCGCUGGUGUCAAGGUUAUUCAGAACCAGGAGCUGGUUCUGAUCUAGCUGGCUUGCAAACAACAGCUGAGAUUGAUGGCGAUAAGGUCAUCAUCAACGGGCAAAAAGUUUGGACCUCCCACGCCGAUAAAUCUGACUGGAUUUUCUGUUUAACCCGUACAGAUAAAACCGUUAAAAAACAAGCAGGUAUCACCUUUAUCUUGGUUGACAUGUUGCAAGAUGCUAUCUCUGUACGCCCGAUUCCCUUGAUUAGCGGUAGUUCACCUUUUUGCGAAGUUUUCUUAGAUAACGCGACAGCUAAUGUCAACAAUAUAGUUGGUCAGGUAAACAGCGGUUGGCAAGUUGCAAAAGCCUUACUAGGCUAUGAGCGUACAACGAUUGGCAAAUCUAUUGGUACCCAACUUACUGGUACUGAAAUGAAGCUCGUUGAAGCUACCCGUACCUACCAAAAUACGCCACAAGGCCCACUGAAAGAUCCGUUUUUGCGCUGCGACAUUGUCAACUACGCUAUUGAUGAAAUGUGCUACGGUUUAACCACCGAGCGUAUUCAGCAAACGUUGGCAGCAGGUGCCGCACCAGGCCCUGAAAGCUCAAUCUUAAAAUUAUGUGGCAGCGAACUCAAACAACGUCGUUUUGAUCUAGCAACACGAAUCGCAGGCCCACAAGCACUAGGUUGGGAAGGUCCUGGAUUUACAGACGAAGAACAGGCGACAACACGAGAUUGGUUACGCAGCCGCGCCAGUACAAUUGAAGGUGGCAGUUCAGAAAUUCAGCUUAAUAUUAUUGCCAAACGUGUUUUAGGGUUACCGUCGGUAUAA